CUCUCUCCUUCCUUCCUCUCUCUCUCUCUCUCUAUUUUUCUUCUCUCUCUCUCUCUCUCUGCUUUUUCUCGCGCGACGAAACGAGGCGAGCAGAGGCGAUCAGAAGAGGGAAGUGCGCGAGUGAGUGAAACGAGGGAAACUCGAUCGGUUUCGCAAAUCAGUGUCGGAUGAACUGGAAACACGGAUCUUGCCGAGUGGAAGAGGAUGGUGACGAAGAGGAGGAGGACGACGACGACGACGACGACGACGACGACGAAGACGACGAAGAAGACGACGAAGACGGCGGCGAUCACGGUGACGAUCGAGGAAACGAUAACGAAGAUCGACGAGACACGAGUUUGAAUUCAGACGCGUCGCACUGUGUUGUUAUGUGUUGUCAUAGUUAUUUCAUUGAAAAAUUAAUUUCACCGUUUUCGAAACACGCACCGAUUUCUGUUUGUGAAACACAAAGUCUGAACAACAACUCCUCUUAAGUUUCUGCCGAAACCGGACUUGAUUAUUUAGACAAAACUUUCGUUCGAGCGUUCCUCAUUUCGAAAUUACGACUAGUAAGAAGAAGAAGAAGAAGAAGGAGAAGAAGACGACGAAAAAACGGAAGAAGAAGAAGAAGAAGAAGAAGAAAAGGAAGUGGAAGAGGAAGAGGAAGAGUGAAAAAAGGGAUAAAAUAGGAAACGAAGAAAAGAAAAAAAAAUUAUCAAAAAAAAAGCAACAAAAAAAAAGGGAAGAAACGAAAUUAAAACAAAAAAAAAAAAAAAAAAAUAAUAAGCAUUGCCUUAAGGAAGAAGAGUAUACCUACACUGUCGAAGGAACAAGCAAAGAAACACAGGGGGGGAAUAAAAAAAAAAAGAUUAAUAAUAAUAAAUAAUAAAAAAAAAAAAUAACAAAAAAACACUUUAGACGCCUAACAAAGUAAAUUGUAAAGAUAUGACUAAAGUAUAUUUUUAACAAGUUUUGAGAAACUUUAGAUUUUAAAGCGUAAAUUUUAAAAGCGAAAAAAAUGAAAAAAA